GUGGGUGUCAUGUGCCUGCUGGUAUUGCUGCCUGCGGGAGCCGCGCCGGGAGCCGCGGGGAUGGGGCCGGUGCUGCUGUUGGCGCUGCCGCUGCUGCUGGGGCUGAGCCGGGCUGCCCCCCGGGACCAUGAGGUGACCUUCCUGCCCGGGCUGGGCAAGCAGCCGUCCUUCCGGCACUUCUCGGGCUACCUCUGCGCCGGGCCGGGCAAGCGCCUGCACUACUGGUUCGUGGAGGCCCAGAGCAACCCCCAGAGCAGCCCCCUGGUGCUGUGGCUGAACGGGGGCCCCGGCUGCAGCUCCAUGGAGGGCUUCCUGAAGGAGCAUGGCCCCUUCCUGGUCCAGCCCGACGGAGUCACGCUGAAGUACAACGACUAUGCCUGGAACAAGAUUGCCAACGUGCUCUACCUGGAGUCCCCCGCUGGCGUCGGCUUCUCAUACUCCGAUGACAAGAAGUAUGCCACGAACGACACGGAGGUUGCUCACAACAACUACCUGGCACUGAAGGACUUCCUUCGGCUCUUCCCCGAGUACUGCAAGAACGAUCUCUACCUCACGGGGGAGAGCUACGGGGGAAUCUACAUCCCCACGCUGGCCGAGUGGGUGAUGCAGGACCCCAGCCUCAACCUGAAGGGAAUCGCUGUGGGAAACGGCCUCUCAUCCUAUGAGAUCAAUGACAACUCCCUGGUUUACUUUGCCUAUUACCACGGCCUGCUGGGGACCGAGCUGUGGAAAGACCUGCAGACCUUCUGCUGCUCCCAGGAGAAGUGCAACUUCCACGACAACUCCAACCUGAACUGCACGCUCAAGAUGGAGGAGAUGAUUCAGAUUGUGGAGGAGUCCGGCCUCAACAUCUACAACCUGUACGCGCCAUGUGAUGGCGGAGUCCCCGGGGGCAUGAGGUAUGAGAGUGACUACCUCAUCACACACGACCUGGGCAACUCCUUCAUCCGGAUGCCGAUGAGGUUCUCCUGGCGGCAGAACCUGUUCCGGAUGCCGGUAGCCCGCAAUAAGGUGCGGAUGGACCCGCCCUGCACUAACUCCACAGACAUCAGCGUGUACCUGAACGCGCCGGAGGUGCGGAAGGCUCUGCACAUCUCCCCCGAGGCCCCGGAGUGGCAGGUUUGCAGCUUUGAGGUGAACCGUGGCUACAAGCGCCUCUACAUGCAGAUGAACGACCAGUACCUGAAGCUGCUCGGAGCCACGAAAUACCGGAUCCUGGUGUACAACGGGGACGUCGACAUGGCCUGCAACUUCCUUGGGGACGAGUGGUUUGUGGACUCCCUGUGCCAGAAGGUUCAGGUGGCUCGCCGGCCCUGGCUCUACACUGAAAGAGGUGAAAACCAGAUUGGGGGCUUCGUGAAGGAAUUUACCAAUAUUGCCUUCCUCACUGUCAAGGGAGCCGGGCACAUGGUGCCCACGGACCGGCCACUCGCUGCCUUCACCAUGUUCAGCCGCUUCAUUAGGAACGAGCCGUACUAAGAGCAGUGGAGGCAGCACCCGGCUGCCCCUGGCACCUCCCGCACAGCCCCACCGCAGCUGCGCCUGGGCUUCUGCACCACACGCCCGCCCCUGCUGCAGCCCCUGGGGCUCCUGCACCACACGCCCGCCCCUGCUGCAGCCCCUGGGGCUCCUGCACCAGCCCGGGGUUGAGGAUGGAGCCUGCAGGUGGGGGGAGCAGCCCCAGGGGCUCUGCUCUCGCUGGGUGAGGAGCUGUGCCCCUGCUGCAGCCGCUGCCUCUCAUGUGGCUUCCUGUGUCGCCUCUUCCCUGUCUGGGGUGGCAGCUGCUUCCCCCCCGGGCCGGGGCAGCCCCACACUUCCCUCUGCCGCUGCACGCAGAGCCCUGGGCAGGCUCCGAGGCAGCUGCCCCGUUAGGAAAGCACAGUCCAGGCGGCACCUGUGGGCAGCUCCUGCAGGGCUGUCUGCUCCCAACCCACUCCCACCUCUGAUCCCACUGCAGGAGGCAUUCCACAACGACAAUCCCAUUGCCCGCUCCCUGCCUGGGGCACACAGUGCUCUGGGAACUUGCAAUAAACUCUGAACCAGGUGGUUCUGCUCCUCA